CUCUCUCCUCGCCCCCCCCCCCCCUCUCUCUCUCUCUCUCUGUGGCGAUGGAAUCAAGUUCAGGAGUUAGAAAAUGGAUAGAAGCAGACGAGAGCGCAAAAGAAUUGCUAUCUAGGGUUUUAAUUCAGUUGUUUUUACCACCUCCAUUACACAACUUUCCUUUUCGCCUUGGCAAUGUCGUUGAGAUUGUGGGCCCCUCCCCCUCCGCCAAGACUCACAUUCUUAUGCAGGCUGCGAUACGCUGUAUACUUCCCAAGGAGUGGAAGGGUGUGCAUCAUGGAGGUCUAGAUCAUGCCGUGAUGUUUAUUGAUUUGGAUUGUCGUUUUGACAUUUUACACUUUUCACGGUUACUAGAGCAUCAGAUAACGAUUGCUGAAGGACUUAAAUUCAGUGAAGAGAUUGACAGAGAUUCACUUGGUGGUUACGUGAAGAACUUAACUUCCAUGUGCUUAAGAAGGUUCUUCUAUGUUCGUUGUUAUGAAAGUCUCCAAUUUCUUGCAACUCUUAAGACAAUGCAUACAAAGAUACAGGAGCAAAAGGAAAAUCAUGGUGUUGGCAUUCACAUGCUUAUAAUUGACAGUAUUGGAGCUUUCUACUGGACAGAUCGUGCUUUGUCAUCCUUGACGUUAGGGGAUACAAACAGGAAAGGUCUCUCUCUUCAAGCCGUGUCAGAUACUGUUGUGGAGGAAUUACGGAAGCUUCUGCAGUUGCAUCCUAUGGUUAUUUUGACAACCAAAACAGUAAAUUUACAGGGCAGAUGUUUAAAACAUGAAAUAAAAAGUGUUCCAAGAAAUAUGUCCUCCAGAGAUGCCACAUUUUUUAGGGCCACAAGAAGCAAACCCGAAAAUAAUCCUUACCGUGAAUAUAUGCCUUCUGUCUGGCAGAAUUUUGUUACGCACAGAGUACUCAUCAGACCUUCAGAUGAUGAAAAUCAAAGGCCUCCGAUAUUUUCUUCUGAGUGGUUGCUGCCCUUACUGAAUAGAACUGACAGAUUUACUUUUGGAGAUAAUGUCAUCCUUACCGUACCCUGAAGGUGCUUCGGCUCAAGAUGUGCUGCUGCUUUUUUCUUAGUAUCACAGGGAAUUUGUGAAGCACAGGAUUGCUGAAGUUCAAGCAUAUAGACUUCAAAAAAAUUGUACAGGUCUGCAUACACUGUAGUCAAGAUGGAAAAUCUCAAGUUUAUAAUUACUCUUCACCGUAUUGUCUGAUUCACAGUUCUCUGUGAUUCACAGUUCUCUGGGAUAGUGGAAUACAUGUACAGAUACUAAUCAUGCACUAGAAGAUAGUACAAUGAUAUUAUACUUUGGUUAUAUUAUUAUAACAAGGUC